AUGCCACCAAAAGCUGACUGGGAGAAGUACAAGGCGCCAAUUGAUGGCGACGACGAAAAGCCUGAAGAGAACAUUGUGCCACUGUCCGAGGGCGACAUCCAGGUACUCAAAACAUACGGUGCUGCUCCAUAUGGUUCGGCAUUGAAGGUGAUUGAGAAAGAUAUUAAAGAUAUUCAGGGACGAAUCAAUGAAAAAGUUGGCGUCAAAGAGUCGGACACCGGUCUGGCAGCUCCACAUCUAUGGGAUAUCAUGGCUGACAAACAGACUAUAUCACAGGAACAACCAUUACAAGUAGCCAGAUGUACAAAGAUCAUUCAGUCGCCCGAGGACCCUGAAAAGGCCAAAUAUGUCAUUAAUGUCAAACAAAUCGCAAAAUUCGUUGUCAGCUUGGGCGACCAGGUCUCACCCACUGAUAUUGAAGAGGGCAUGAGAGUCGGUGUGGAGCGUAAUAAAUACCAGAUUAUGUUGCCACUACCACCGCGUAUUGAUCCAUCUGUUACAAUGAUGACUGUCGAAGAGAAACCCGAUGUCACUUAUGGAGAUAUUGGUGGAAGCAAAGAACAGAUUGAAAAGCUUCGUGAGGUCGUAGAGCUGCCUCUGUUAUCUCCUGAAAGAUUCGCUAAUCUUGGUAUCGAUCCUCCUAAGGGUAUUUUAUUAUAUGGACCUCCUGGUACUGGUAAGACGCUGUGUGCGCGAGCCGCGGCAAACAGAACCGAUGCUACUUUUAUUCGUGUUAUCGGUUCUGAGCUUGUCCAGAAAUAUGUCGGUGAGGGUGCAAGAAUGAUCAGAGAACUGUUUGAAAUGGCCAGAACUAAAAAAGCAUGCAUUAUCUUCUUUGACGAAAUCGAUGCCAUUGGAGGUGCGCGUUUUGAUGAUGGUGCUGGUGGUGAUAACGAAGUGCAAAGAACCAUGUUGGAGCUGAUUACUCAAUUAGACGGUUUCGAUCCCCGUGGUAACAUUAAAGUCAUGUUUGCCACCAAUCGUCCCAACACUUUGGACCCUGCUUUACUAAGACCCGGUCGUAUCGAUCGUAAGGUCGAGUUCAGCCUGCCCGAUAUUGAGGGCCGUGCCAACAUUUUCAGAAUCCACUCUAAGAGCAUGUCCGUUGAUCGUGAUAUCCGAUGGGAGCUGAUUUCUAGACUGUGUCCUAACUCGACCGGUGCUGAACUGCGUUCCGUAUGUACUGAGGCCGGUAUGUUCGCCAUUCGUGCCAGAAGAAAGGUCGCUACUGAAAAGGAUUUCCUCGCGGCCGUCGACAAGGUCAUCAAGGGUAACCUCAAGUUCAGCAGUACCUCACAGUACAUGCAAUAUAACUAA